UUCUCCACCGCCGCCGCCCCCACCGCCGCUCCGCGUCCCCUCUCAGUUCCUGCCCUCGUUUCUCCGAGCGGUCGGUCCCGGGGGGGAUGGCGGCGCUCUGACGAGAGGAGAGGAUGGAGGAGAGAACGUGGCAAUGACAUUUUUGUAGGGCAGGCAUCAGCUGAGAGGUUCGGGAGUGAAAGGAAGACGGAACAGAGACGGAAGGACGGAAGAAAAAAAAAAAGGCUAAAAGAAACGGUAAACAGAAGGGAAACGGGAGGUGAAAAGGAAGAAGGGGAAGAGGCUAAAGGAAAGGAGAUACAAGGAAAAAGAGAGCAACUGUAGGUUGACGCGUCGCCAUGACAACGGAAGCAGGCUCUGAGACAGAGGUGAAGGAGAAGGCGGAGGAGUCGGCCGCUCAGCCGGACCAAUCGGAGCAGGCAGCGGAAGAGACCCAGGAGGUAGCGAACGCCGAGGGAGAGGAGAAGGGGAAGGAGAAGGAGAAGGACAAAGAGGGGAAGGAGGGCAAGGGGAUAUCUCGAUACCUGCCGACAUGGCUUAAGAAGCAGAAGUCUCAAAGCCAGACCUCCCCGACGAAGGAGGCGCCGCCCACAGGCGAUCCCAAGGUGACACAGGAACAACAGGAGGCGCCUGCCCCAGAAGUGAACGGUCACGCAGAGGAAGUGGAAGAGAAGGAGGAAGUCAAGUCGGAGCAAGUGAAGGAAAAAGAAGCGGAAUCUCAUUCCAACGCCAGCGCAGACACUGAGCCUGCUAAGGAAGAGAAGGCGGUAGACAGCGCAGAGAAAAGUCCGGAAGAAACCAAGGAGACAACCGAAGGCGAGGCAGCAGCAGCAGCAGCAGCAGCAGCAGCAGCAGCAGCAGCAGCAGAGGAGGAGAACAAGGCCCAGGAAGGAGAGGCGGAGGCUGCAGGUGAGGGAGGAGAAGGCCAGACCUCCAUUUUCCAGUCUCCUCUUCGCCUGGUGAGAAAGACCAAGAUGAAGCUGGUGGUGUGUCACGUCACCCUUCUGGACGGGACCGACUUCACCUGUGAGGUGGAGAAACGAGCCAAGGGUCAGUACUUAUUCUUUAAAGUGUGUGAGCACCUCAAUCUGCUGGAAAAAGACUACUUUGGUCUGACAUACAAGGACAACCACGAACAGACGUGUUGGCUGGAUCCCACUAAGGAAAUCAAGAGACAGAUACGCAGUAACAACUGGCAGUUUGCUUUCAACGUCAAGUUCUACCCUCCCGACCCCUCACUGCUCACCGAAGACAUCACAAGGUACCUUUUGUGCCUGCAGCUGCGGGAAGAUGUAGCCUCCGGACGGCUGCCCUGCUCGUUCGUCACCCACGCUCUGCUGGGGUCGUACACGCUGCAGGCAGAAUUCGGUGACUUCGAACCCGACCAGCCUCGCCCUCUGGCCUACAUCAAUCAGCUGACCUUCGCGCCCAAUCAGAACAAAGAGAUGGAGGAGAAGAUUCUCGAGCUCCACAAGUCCCACAGGGGAAUGACACCAGCACAGGCCGACACCCAGUUCCUAGAAAAUGCCAAGAAACUCUCCAUGUAUGGGGUUGACCUGCACCACGCUAAGGAUUCUGAGGGUGUGGACAUCAUGCUCGGAGUCUGCGCCAACGGACUCCUGGUCUACAAAGACAGACUUCGGAUAAAUCGUUUCGCCUGGCCCAAAAUCCUCAAGAUUUCCUACAAGAGGAACAACUUCUACAUUAAGAUCAGACCAGGAGAGACGGAGCAGUUCGAGAGCACGGUGGGAUUCAAACUCCAGAAUCAUCGAUCUGCCAAGAGGCUGUGGAAGGUCUGCGUGGAGAAUCACAGUUUCUUCAGGCUAAACUCGCCCGAACCUCCCACCAAGGCCCGCUUCCUGACCCUGGGCUCCAAGUUCCGCUACAGCGGACGAACCCAGGCCCAGACCCGCAUGGCCAGCUCCCUCAUAGACCGGCCCGCACCCAACUUCGAGCGGACCUCGUCGAAACGCAUCAGCCGCAGUUUGGACGGAGCGCCAGUGAUCAGCAUAACUGAGGCCUCUGAGAACGGACGUGAGCCUCACCUGGACCUCCACUCUGACUCAAAGGUCGUGGAGGUGGACUUGAGCCCUGGCGAUGCUGAAGCCAUGCCUCCCGAGUCACCCGGAUGCAGUGAGCAUGCCCUCUCUCAGGACCAUGAUAAGACCCAGGAUGAGGUUCUGAAACACCAAGCUAGCAUUAGCCAGCUAAAACGCUCCUUUAUGGAAGCGCCACCUCCCUCUCCUCCUCAGCCCAACCAGUGGGAGAAACGUCUCACCUCCUCUCCUGCCACAACGAUACGUAUCCAACAGCAGCAAGUGAGCCUCGAGGAGGAGAUAGCCUCCGUACUUUUCAGUAGACACAGUGGCAGCGGGUUUUACUCGGCCGCCGAGGCCGCCUGCUGUGACCCAGAACGGCCACUAGAUGCCGUCGUAGCCACAUGUUCGGCCUCUACUUCCUCUGCUUCCACUGCUGUGUGUCUUCAGACUCUUCUCAUUUCCUCAGCUGCCACAACCUCUGCCACUGAGGUCAGUGUGUCCCAAACCGAAGCCGCUCCAGCCGAUAACACCGUGUCUGAUACCAAAGAACCUGAGAAGACGACCGAGGUCGAAAUCGAAGAAACCGUUGUCAUCCAGGAGGUUUCCAGGGCGACCAAACCCGGGCUUGUCACGGUCACGGCCGGCGCCCCCGCCGACCCGCCCGCCGAGCGGGAAGCCGGGAAGCAGGAAGUGAGAGUUGAGGAGGAAGCGGCGGCGGCGGUGGUGGCGGAAGCAGCGCAGAGGAAGCAGGGGAGCGUCUCGUCCGAGAGCGAGAGCGAAGACGAGGCCGAGUACCAUCCGAACGUCUCGGUGUCCAUCUCUCACACGCAAAUACCCGAGGAGGGGGAAGAGGAGGAAGAGAGGGAGAAGAAAGAUCAGGGAUCAGUGGAGCAGGUCGCGUCGCCUCCAGGUGCCUCUUUCCCUCCGGCUGAUGUCGCGCGGCCCGCAGAAGAAACCGCCACAGAAGAAGAGGCGUCCAGGAGAGAGGACACGCAGGCAGAGAUGACGAAGAGCCCAGAGGAAGAGGAGGUGGAGGAAAAAGAAGGUGAAAGGGAGACGGAGGAAAGCACCGAAGAUCCCAUGCUGACGCCUGAAGAAGCCCCUAACGGCCUCACCCUGCCCGGGGAGGGCGCGACCGGGUCGGCCGCCCCCGCGGAGGAGGAGGAAGAGGAGGAGGAGCCCAAAAUGAACGGGGAAGCCUCACUGGCUGAAGCGGAACCGCGGCCGCAGGUUAUUUGUUGCUCAGAGCCGCCCGUGGUAAAGACAGAAAUGGUGACUAUAUCAGACACGUUUGCAGCCCAGAAAACUGAGAUAGCUACAAAAGAAGUGCCCAUCGUACAUACGGAAACCAAGACCAUCACAUACGAGGCUGCACAGCUGGAUGGUAAUGGUGAUGGGGAACCCGGAGUGUUGAUGACUGCUCAGACAAUCACCUCUGAAUCUCUGUGCACCACUACGACCACACACAUUACCAAGACGUUAAAGGGCGGCCUGUCGGAGACGAGGAUUGAAAAGCGCAUCGUCAUCACUGGCGACUGCGACAUCGACCACGACCAGGCACUGGCCCAGGCCAUUAAGGAGGCCAAAGAGCAACAUCCUGACAUGUCUGUUACCAGAGUGGUGGUUCAUAAAGAAACUGAACUGGCUGAGGAGGAGGAUUGACUGAACGCAGAGUUGAAGAGCCCAUCGUGACUCUUUUCUCUUUCGACAUCAAACGACCUUCAUCACCCUGCGACGACCAACCUUGACAGAAGUGGAGGAGAAGAAGAGGAGUUACAGAACGGGAGGAGGAGGAGGGGGAGGAGGAGGAGGGUUAGACAAAUGGACCGAAGUUGCCGCUCUCUUCCCUUCUUUCUUACAUUUCUGUGGUGCAUCUAAAUCCCUCACUGCAAAAACCAAGAAAAACAAAAACCUCCUCGCUCUUUGUGAGGGAACAAAAAGAACCACUUAGCUUAACAUUUGUAGCUCAUUUUUAUUAUUAUUAUUAUUUUUUUAAUUAGUGCUUUUUCUUUUAACUGUUUCACUUAAAGAGAGGCGAUAGUUCGUCCUUCACGUGUCGCAAAGGUAAAAACUAGGGAUGCACUGAACCAAUCCUGAUGACAGUCGAUGCUAUGAAUGAUUAUCGUGUCCUUGUACUGAUUAUUUUACCGACGCCGCCGCUACUGACUUUCAGCGAAUCUCAAAUGGCAAAAUCAAAAACAAAAAAAAGAUUUUGUACUUGGAAUCUGUAACGGCAGUGGACAGGCGGUGUUCCUUAAAAGGUAAUUGGUUAACUUACAGCUCCCCCUCUCACUUCAUGGUGCUGUAAAUGGAAAGUAAUAUAAUGUAACUCAAUUACUUCUAAAUAACGUGUAGGACUGCAGGGAACAGGGAGACACUUGGACACGACUGUUUUCUUUUUACAAGGUUUACUGAAGUCCGACAGACUCACUCAUUCUAACACAUAGGUCAGAGGAAUGGUAGAAAACAGCUAUAUCACAUUAUUACUUUUACUCACUAAUAGCUACAGAAAAGUGGGAGCUGUAACUUAAAAUAUUGCAGUAAAAAAAAAAAAAAAAAGAAGAAAAAAAAUCAUCCAGAUUUCUUUUUAACUUUUAUGAUUCUAUAUUUUCUUCCUUUAACCAUAGUUAUAAUUCAUCCACAUUCCUUGUGUGUGACUGAGCGGCCGAGGAAGUUCAUUUUCAGUUUACGCGCUAAGAAGGAGGCGUUAGAAUCGACAGUAGGGGAUUUUAAUUGACGUUAAUUAAGCUCGAGAAGCCAAACGAUGCAGUUGGAGCAAAUUCCCUCAUUUUUAAUUUUCUACAACAUUUUAGAAGGAUUUUUUUUUUUUUUUUUUUUAUGAAUUUUAACUGAAAAUGAGCCGACUUUAAGGCCGGCGUGUACAACUGUACAGUAAAAAUGAAGGCUAUUAGAUGGGAGCAGCUUAUUAUUAGCUAAACUCUCUCCCUGCGCGACACUAACCGUUGCUGUCGGGCCUGGAGGGAGCAAGGGAGAAGUAAAACGACCUAUGAUUGGGAGAGAGAAGACCAGUAAACUGAAGGAUAAUUGGGAGAGUGCCAUCUCACAACUUGGGAACGAAAAUGAAUCUAAAGCAAGUUGGCCUUACUCUGUGGGAACGGCAGGAUUCAGCAUGUAUUUUCUAACCCGCUGUAUUAUUCUAAGGACCUUGCUUGAUUCAAAGAAAAUUAUUCUGUAACUACCACAGGUACCAAACUGAGGAUGACUUGAAAUCGACUGAUUCUGUGUCGGCCUUCUGAUUGGUCUGCUGACCGCCAAUCAGAGGCCUCCUAUCCUGUGUCAGGUCCUAACUUCCUAUGUUGGACAAACGAUCCCAAUGCGAGGGUCUGUUUCCAUAGAAAAGUGGUGAAAACGUGGAAUCUAGAAGCCAAACGUUAGCCGUCAUGCUAACAUUAGCAGAUGUUGGAAACAUGGAAGGACAAUGGCGGAGUUUGAGCGCUUACUAAGUUCACAGUUUUCCAGUGGGAACAGACCCCCCGCACGGCUAUUGUUUGUGUAACCUAGCAACAAUAACACAGCCAAACCAGUCAUGCUCCAAGUCCUGCUUUAUGUAACAAGAUAUGGGAUUGAAUUCAUUGUUACCCUGCGAGGGUAUCUUGAGCGAGUCUAGCUAGGACGCUACUGUGUUGAUUGGUUUGAGAGUGUGUAGAUAACGGUUUAUCUCAGCUCACGCCGCACGUCCAGAUGAACCCAUCUGACACGACGCCGGCUGUGUCGCAACUGUUUUGCCGCCACCAAGUACCCUGAAAUCCGUCGGCCUCAUUUUUCAAAAAAACGACAUUCAGACGUGUUCAACUGACGACGCUGAAUCUGUCACUACACUACAAACGGAGGUGAAAGCAGUUACAACACAACAGUAAAAAUGCAGCUUAAAGGGAAGUGCAUCAAAGGGUUUGAAGUGCUCUUGAAACCCCCUAAAUGGAAUCUCAUUACGUUUUUAUUCAGUUUCUGUGUAUUUUUUGCGCAAGUGUUCAGCAGAAUUCCGCAAAAAAAAAAAAAAAAAAAUUAAAAAAUGUGACAUUGUGUAAAUACCGUUGGCAUUAAAUGUGUUUCAGACCGGAGGUUUUAAUGCAUUUAGUUGGCAAAGAUUUUCAGCGUGGGCAGCAAAACAAACAACUCUCUGGAAAUUGAACAGGUUGUAAGCAGAGAAGUGCCACAGGUUACUACAAAAACAUUCCACUUCGACCUGUAUACAUACAUCCACACUCUCCUCUUUGAGUGCGAUCUUUAAAUUCCUUUUUUAAUCAGCUGAGGUUUGUUAGUUGACGCCUCUUAAUUUGACCCAAUUUUAAAAAAACUUUUCCAGUAGGCUGAGAAUUGGAGAGAGGCUUUGUAUUGGUUGGACCUCUACUAUGCAGUUAAAUGACAUUCCACGAGAGAGAAGCUUUAACCUCUUGCAGAAAAAAAAAACAUUUUUAAGAAAAAGCAAACCGUGCAAAACUAGGCAGCUUUGGAAGCUUUCACUAUUCCAAAAAAAAUAAAAAAAAAUCUUUUAAAAAGCAUCGGCGAUAUCACAAGAUAUUUGUAGAUUUUCUCAUACUUUGUCGUAUUUUCUCCGUGAAACUGAUGUAGUUGUUUGAAGCCGGGGUGCAUCGCGCCCCAUGCAGUUUGCAUAUUUGUAAUGUCGUCACAAGUGUUUUUGACAUUGAAGAAUCUCAACUACAAAUUUCAUUUUUUUUUUUUUUUUUUGCCACUGUUUCCUCUUUCGUGCUCGUAGCCGUGGGUGUCGCCUCUGUUCGGGUUUCUGGGCUCUGUUAGCCAAUCACAGGAGCUGCUGCGCUGCAUGGUCGAGCUUUCCCAAAUGUUUGUUACCCCAAGCAAAAAAAUUAAAAAUUAAAAAAAAAAUAAUAAUAAAAAUUGGAUUGAAAGUUUUCAGGGUCACAUUGGCAACUGAUGAUUCAAAGCCAGCUGAUUUUUAAAAAAAAACUGUCUCAGCGUUACACCGUUAAACUCAUGUAAUUGGAGGAUGCUAUUUGUAGUUACAUCUCAGGAUAGGCUUCAUACUCUGGACACAUGAGAAACCAGCACAGUUUUGUAUUUUAUCUAACAAAGCAGCACAAAAACAAAAACUGAUUUAUAAAAAAAAACAAAAAAACA